GAACCAACAAAGCAAGGUGAAGUUCUUUUUUCUCCUGGAAUUCUAGCUGCUGUCGCUACAUUGCUGGGGAAUCCUUGGCGAGAUUUUGCUUGUCCUUCCACGCUGUUCUUUCUGUAGCUCCCUUGUUUCUUUUUGCGAUCAUGUUCCAGAUGGCCCGGCAGUGUUUCCAAAAUGAAUAUUUUGACAGUUUGCUGCAUGCUUGCAAACCUUGUCACCUCCGAUGUUCUGAUACUCCUCCUCUAAUUUGUCAGCGUUAUUGUAAUGCAAAUGUGACCAAUUCAGUGAAAGGAACAAAUGCGAUUCUCUGGACCUGUUUGGGCCUGAGCUUGACAGUUUCUUUGGCAAUUUUCGUGCUAAUGUUCUUACUAAGGAAGAUGAGCUCUGAACUCUCAAAGGAUGAAUUUAAAAACACAGGAUCGGUUCUCCUGAACGUGGCUAACGCUGACUUGGACCACAGCAAGACUGGUGAUGAAAUUGCUCUUCCAAGAGGCCUGGGGUACACAGUAGAAGAAUGUAUCUGUGAAGACUGUGUCAAGAGCAAACCAAAGGUCGAUUCUGACCAUUUCUUUCCACUCCCAGCCAUGGAGGAAGGUGCAACCAUUCUUGUCACCACGAAAACAAAUGACUAUUGUAAUAGCCUGUCAGCUGCUUUGAGUGUUACAGGGACAGAGAAAUCAAUUUCUACUAGGUAAUUAACCAUUUCAACUGAUAGAGAGCUACUUUGAAAAAUCUUUUGACAGAGGGAAGAGAUGAUGCAUUAGGUCUCUUUAGGAUGACUAUUUUUCAGUUGCUGAUAUAAUUUUGUGUUCUCUAAUUAUGGAAAUUCUUUAUGUUACAUAUAUUUUUCUGCCUUAUUGUUGGGACCUUAACUGUGGAAACUUCCUUGGUUUCAUGAUUAAAUUCUU